CACUCCGUUCUACAUCAUCCGCUGCUAGCCGUGCUUCUGCGUAAAUAUAAAAUCUAUUCGCUCAGCGGAGGAAGAGAGAGAGCUUUCGUUUCUCGGAAUGAUUCUCGCAGUAUCGCUAUCAUCGCCGCUGGAGUAGGAGAGCCCCACUUCUGUACUAUGGAUCUAAUGGGAAAGGUGGCCUUAGUGACGGGUGGCGCCCGGGGGUUGGGACGGACAUUCACCGAGGCUCUGCUGGCACAGAGAGCAAAGGUGUGUUUUUGUGAUGUGAACGAGACUCUGGGAUCAAAGACACUUCAAGAACUCCAGUCUAAGUAUGGGGAUAGAAACGUAAUGUUCCAAGUAUGUGACGUCACAAAGCAACAGCAAAUGGAAAAUUUAUUUCAAAGUGUCAAAGAAAAGUUGGGCUGUCUGGAUAUCGUCUGCAAUAAUGCUGGGAUCGGAGGAGAGACACAUCCUUUAUGGGAGAAAGCCGUGGAUGUUAACUUGAAAGGGUCAACUCGAGGAACGUUAUUAGCUCUCGAUCACAUGAGGACGGACAGAGGAGGAAAUGGCGGUGUCAUCGUCAAUGUGUCGUCUGCUGCAGGCUUGAACGUGAAUCCUCUCUGUCCUGUCUACAGCGCAACAAAGGCAGCCAUUAUCGCGCUAACACGUAGUUUGGCGAUGAAUACCGAUGUGAAGUCAGCUGGUGUGAGAUUAAAUGUACUGUGUCCAGCGUUCGUAGAUACCGAUCUGGUUAAAGAAAUGAAUGACGACAACUGCUUAGACGUCACAAAAGCUCAUCAUUUCAUAGACGUUAUCGGAGUGAUGACCAAAGAAGAAACUGCAGAAAGUUUCAUGGAACUGGUGUGUGACAUAAAUCAAAAUGGAGCAGUACUAAAGUGUUCGAAAAUAGAUGGUAAACAAUACACUUCGAUAGAGGUGAAACCUAUCACGUGACAACAGGGCUGAUAUAUCAGUUGUCAGAAGCAGCAUUUUAUCACGGAAUUUGUUUUAACGCGAUACCAAAUUGGUAUAUAUACACACAGUUAUUUUUUCUUUCUUUUUCGAAAGCAACAAGGUUUGAGUUUUAGAAAUACACAAAGACCCGAGGAUUAGGUUUCACAGGAAAUCUUUAAAGUGUUGAUACAUUUACCUUUCUUUGACAAUGCGUUUAUUUUUAAAAACAAUAAAAUGCUUUCUUUGUUGUUUCAUCGGGUGAUGAAGAUACAUGUAGCUAGCAUUGCAGAAAAAAUUUACAUAACCCGCACAAUGUAAAAAAAAAUUUGCAAUGCUAGUUACCUUCAUCACCGGAUGAAACAAAAAAGAGUUUAUAUUAUUUAUAAGUAUUGUUUUAAGAUAUAAACCAGAUUUAAGAACUUAAAUAUCAUAUGUUUGACCCAUUUGUUGCGUUAAACGGAGCAGCCAAUGCACCCUUUGACCCCAAUGACGCUCCAUAUUUGGUAAUGAUUACACAAACAGGUGGUACUGAAAAACCGGAUCGAACUAGCUUACAACAAACAUGCAAUCAUUGUAUGAUGAAAGCAAUGUCAAUUUCAAUAGACACAUAAGGGAAAAGAUUCUGUCAUUGUAUCAUAACGCUGUACAUGUCUGAAAGUUUUUGUAGAUACAUAUACAUAUAAUAGCACAUGCUAAUUUUAUCACACACAGACUUGCCGAAUUAUGUGUUUGUUUAUAUCUAAAAAUGUAUAUGUAUUCAAUAUAAAAUGUGUCAGUAUGUAUAUACUUGUGUAUUUUUUUUUUCAUUUCCUGAAAACAUUAUUACAUGUAUGAUGAUAUUUUGUGAAAGUUUAGUAUCACCAUGUCGUAAUUUAAUAGUACAUGCUCAUGCCUCCAUGAAGUAAAAACAAAAUUUCUCCUUACUUUGGAAAUUCUUGAAUAGAUAUAAUUUGCUCACUGUUGCAUGUAUAUAUGUACACAUGUAUGUAUCAGGGCUUAUAUAUUACAACUAUACAGUAAAAUUAAAUAUGAAUUACUUCG